UUCAAUGUUAAUACUCCACAAUUAAACAGGCUGGGGUGGGGGUUAAAAAAAAGAAAAAAAAGAAAGAAAAAAAAGGAAAGAAAGAAAGAAAGGAAAAACAAGGCAGACAAAAGACGCUUUCGUAAUUUUUACGCACCAGUCGUACAGAAAGCAAUCACGGAAUACAAGCGGACAGACCGAUUCAGUUAAUACUUAAAUACUGUUAUGAAGCGAGAAUGAGUAGCGCAGAGGACAGCGGGAGCAAGUGCUCUUCGGGCCCGAUUUCCAGCUUUACCAUCCAGUCUAUUUUAGGCACACCAACCGAUGAGCUGCGUUCUGGGACCAAAGAACUCUCCAAGGGGCCGCAGCCGCCGCCGCGGAGGCGUUCACUGUCGGUGUCCUCCGAGGAAGAGUGCAGCGGUGGCGAGGACUCAGCGGAUUGUUUCUGCUCUGACACCGGUCACAGCGAGCCGUGCACGCAGCACCAAACCCACAACUUCUCCUGUUUAGGUCCCGCUAAAGGACUUCUGUCUGGAAAUGACGGGCUCGCACGGCGGCCGCACCUGUCACAGCCUCUGCUGCAGGAUUAUAAGGAGGAGCAGGAAAGACCGUGCCAUCAAAUGUCACCUCUGUCGGAGGAGAGACAGACAGACGGUGCGGACAAACAGGGCAACUCGGCCAAAAAGAAGACGCGCACGGUUUUCUCCCGGAGUCAGGUAUAUCAGCUGGAGUCCACCUUCGACAUGAAACGCUACCUGAGCAGCUCGGAGCGGGCCUGCUUAGCCUCCAGUCUACAGCUGACGGAGACUCAGGUCAAGACGUGGUUUCAGAACAGGAGGAACAAAUGGAAAAGGCAGCUCUCAGCGGAGCUGGAGGCGGCAAACAUGGCCCACGCCUCCGCACAGACACUCGUUGGGAUGCCGCUGGUUUUCAGAGAUAACAACUUACUGCGUGUACCGGUUCCCCGGUCUAUCGCCUUUCCGACGCCCCUGUAUUACCCGGGGAGCAACCUGCCAGCGUUACCUUUAUACAACCUGUAUAACAAAAUCGAAUACUGAUUGACUGUGCUGUAUGCUUAUCACUACAGUCCACAUUAAAAACUCAUUACAAAUACAACAUCCUUAUUAGUGUCUCCACAUAAGCCGUGUAUAUUAAUUGUAUUACUUUAUUUGUUGGAUAAUAUGCAGCAACUGUAAGUCUCACGAGAAAGCAGUCAAACUUCCCUACAUGUAUAAAAUACACCAUGUGUAUAAUCAAUAAUAAUUUUGUACUUUUAUUUUGCUCUCUUCCUUUGAAAAAAAAAUGCUUUUAAAUCUUCAUAUCACAUUAGGAAAAGCAGGAUUGAAAAAGAGAUGCUUGGACACUUCGGUGUGGCAAAAUGUUACAAGUCAGACAUUUUAUUUCAUCCAAGGAGAAGAAAGACACAACUCUUCCAUAUGAGGAAAAAAUAUAACUGUUUCUAUUGUAAUUUAAACCUUCAG